CGGCGGGCGCGCGGAGCUCCGGGGGGCGGGCAGCGCUUCCGGCGGGAGCGGCACCGGGACCGGGACCGGGACAUGCGGGUGCGCGUACGGAGCUGGCACGGAGUGGCGUCCUGGCUGUGGGUCGCGAACGACGAGAACUGCGGCAUCUGCCGGAUGGCCUUCAACGGCUGCUGCCCCGACUGUAAGGUUCCCGGCGACGACUGCCCGUUGGUGUGGGGGCAGUGUUCGCACUGCUUCCACAUGCACUGCAUCCUCAAGUGGCUGAACUCGCAGCAGGUGCAGCAGCACUGCCCCAUGUGCCGCCAGGAGUGGAAGUUCCGGGAGUGAGGGCGGCACCGGGCACGGGCCGUGGCCCACCCGCGGCCGCCCCCGGCCCAUUCAAUAAACGUGCGGACGCCACUCGCG